AGAAUUUGGCUUUGAUGGGCACUGAGUAGCAGUGCUGGAAGAAGAGAAAGAACAGUGAGAAGGUUGCCCGAAAGCAGAAGACUCUGGAAUAAAGUUGGUCUUCCUUCCAUAUCCCCAUGUCUUUGAGCUGGCUGCCAUAGUAGGCAGGGAUCUUAAGGCCACUCUGAAAAUGACAAUAGGCACGUGUUGUUAACUAGUGGAAUGAAUCUCAGGUAUUUGUUUUGAAGACCAAUUUGAUGAAGAGGUUGACUUGCAUGAUUAGAAGUUCUGUGGAAAGUGGAGUUUGAGACUGGAUGAAUUGGGCAGCAGAACCCACAGGGGAAAGAAGCUCAGUCAUAUAAGAUCAUCAAUUUUGCUCCAAGUCUACUGCAAAUCAUAGUAUCAGAUCAAGUUGAAUUUCCAGUGCGUCAAGCAGCUGCCAUUUACCUGAAGAACAUGGUGACACAGUACUGGCCGGACCGUGAACCACCUCCUGGAGAAGCAGUAUUUCCAUUCAACAUUCAUGAAAAUGAUCGUCAGCAGAUUCGUGAUAACAUUGUAGAAGGAAUAAUUCGUUCUCCUGACUUAGUGAGAGCCCAGCUGACAAUGUGCCUCCGUGCUAUCAUUAAACAUGACUUUCCUGGCCAUUGGACAGCCGUGGUGGACAAGAUAGGCUACUACUUGCAGUCUCAGAACAGUGGGAGUUGGCUCGGGAGCCUCCUGUGCCUCUAUCAGCUGGUGAAGACUUAUGAAUACAAAAAAGCAGAGGAACGAGAUCCUCUCAUAGCAGCAAUGCAAAUAUUUUUGCCUCGGAUUCAGCAGCAGAUGAUCCAGCUUCUGCCUGAUAACUCCCAUUACUCUGUACUGCUUCAGAAACAAAUCUUAAAAAUCUUCUAUGCUCUUGUUCAGUAUGCAUUGCCGCUCCAGUUGGUGAAUAACCAGACUAUGACUCAGUGGAUGGAGAUCUUCCGUACUAUCAUUGAUAGAAAUGUACCUCCGGAGACUUUGCAAAUUGAUGAAGAUGAUAGACCCGAGCUGGUGUGGUGGAAAUGCAAGAAGUGGGCAUUGCAUAUUGUAGCUCGUCUUUUUGAACGGUAUGGAAGUCCUGGAAACGUAACUAAAGAAUACUUUGAAUUCUCAGACUUUUUUUUAAAAACCUAUGCUGUGGGCAUACAACAGGUUCUCUUAAGAAUCUUAGACCAAUACAGGCAAAAAGACUAUGUUGCGCCACGUGUUCUUCAGCAAACAUUAAAUUAUCUGAACCAAGGGGUUAUUCACUCUGUAACAUGGAAACAAAUGAAGCCACACAUACAGAGUAUAACAGAAGAAGUGAUAUUCUCUCUAAUGUGCUACAAAGAUGAGGAUGAAGAGCUCUGGCAAGAGGAUCCAUAUGAAUAUAUCCGCAUGAAAUUUGAUGUAUUUGAGGAUUAUGCAUCCACUACAACAGCAGCACAGAAUCUCCUUUAUACUGCUGCGAAGAAGAGAAGAGAGGUGUUACCAAAAAUGAUGGCAUAUUGCUACCAGAUUCUGACAGAGCCAAACAUUGAUCCAAGGAAAAAGGAUGGAGCUUUGCAUGUUAUAGGAUCCCUAGCAGAUAUUUUAUUGAAGAAGAGUGUCUUCAAGGAUCAAAUGGAGCUGAUGUUACAGAAUCACGUAUUUCCAUUGUUCAUGUCUAACCUGGGGUACCUCAGAGCUAGAUCCUGUUGGGUACUUCAUUCAUUCAGUGCUUUGAAAUUUCACAAUGAGCUAAACUUGAGGAAUGCAGUAGAAUUGGCAAAGAAGAGCCUGAUCGAUGAUAAGGAAAUGCCUGUCAAAGUAGAAGCAGCCAUAGCUCUUCAGACAUUAAUAAGCAACCAAGAGCAAGCCAAGGAAUAUGUGAAGCCUUAUGUACGGCCAGUUAUGCAAGAGCUCUUGCACAUUGUUAGAGAGACGGAAAAUGAUGAUCUUACUAAUGUAAUCCAGAAGAUGAUCUGUGAAUACAGUCAGGAAGUAGCUACUAUCGCCGUUGACAUGACGCAACACCUGGCUGAAAUAUUUGGUAAAGUACUUCAGAGUGAAGAAUAUGAGGAAGUAGAGGACAAAACGGUUAUGGCCAUGGGCAUCUUGCACACAAUUGACACUAUCCUGACAGUUGUGGAAGAUCACAAGGAGAUAACUCAACAGCUGGAGAGCAUUUGUUUACAGAUCAUUGGCCUUGUUUUGCAGAAACACGUUAUAGAGUUUUACGAAGAAAUUCUCUCCUUGGCCUACAGCUUGACAUGCCAGAUGAUUUCACCUCAAAUGUGGCAGCUUUUAGGUGUUCUAUAUGAGGUUUUCCAGCAGGAUUGCUUUGAGUACUUUGCAGAUAUGAUGCCUCUAUUGCAUAAUUAUGUGACCAUUGACACUGAUACUUUACUGUCUAACCCAAAGCAUUUAGAAAUCAUUUAUGCUAUGUGUAAAAAGGUAUUAACAGGAGAUGCAGGAGAAGAUGCAGAGUGCCAUGCAGCCAAACUCCUAGAAGUAAUUGUUCUUCAAUGCAAAGGACGGGGUAUUGACCAGUGUAUUCCACUGUUUGUGGAGGCUGUUCUGGAGCGAUUAACUAGAGGAGUUAAAACAAGCGAGCUUCGUACCAUGUGUCUUCAGGUUGCCAUAGCUGCACUCUACUACAAUCCUGACCUACUUCUGCACACUUUAGAGAACAUCAGAUUUCCACACAAUCCUGAGCCCAUUACUGCGCAGUUCAUAAACCAGUGGAUGAAUGACACAGACUGUUUUCUUGGACUCCAUGACAGAAAGAUGUGUAUAAUAGGACUGAGCAUCCUAAUGGAAUUGCAGAACCGACCGCCUGCAGUGGAUGCUGUGGCUGCCCAGAUUGUCCCUUCAAUCCUCCUCCUCUUCCUGGGCUUAAAACAAGUUUGCGCUUCAAGAGAACUCACAGAACAUGAGGAUCAUGCUAAAGAUGAAAAACACGUUGCAGAAGAUAAUGAAGAGAUACCGAGUGAUGAGGAGGAGACAAAUGAAGUGAGCCAGGCGAUGCAAGAGAACCAUGGUGGAGGAGGAGGAGGAGGUGGUGGUGGUGGUGGAGGAGGUGGAGAGGAGGAGGAUGAAGAUGAUGAUGAUGAUGACUGGGAUGAAGAUGCAUUGGAAGAGACUGCUCUUGAAGGGUUCAGCACACCUCUUGACCUUGAAAAUGGUGUUGAUGAAUACCAGUUUUUUACACAAGCACUUCUAGCGGUGCAGAGCCGAGAUGCAGCCUGGUACCAUUCACUGACAGAACCGUUGAGUGAGGAUCAGAAGAAACAGCUGCAGGAAAUUUAUACAUUAGCAGAACACCGGCGAAAUGCUGCAGAGACUAAGUCAAUAGAACAACAAAGUGGCUACACAUUUGACAACAAAGGACUGAUCACAGCAUUUAACUUUGUUGGAAGUACUCCUGGUGGCAACUGAAGGAUCAGCUACAAAGGUCAAUGGGAAGGGUCUCAUCAUUACAUUUUCUUGAAAUCAUCGUGACUUCUGAGUGAUAGGGGAGGGUGAUUUAAUGCUGCUGAAGGUUUUCUGGAAAAUAGCAGUGUGCUUCCCCCACCAGAAUGCUCUUUCUAACCAGCUACUGUAAUGUACAAAUUCUUGUGGUGUUUUUAUAAUUUGAUGGACUGAAAGGAAACAUUUGUCCUCAAGGAACCUGAAUGACUGGGAGGGGCCAGGCUGCAUCUAAUUGAGUUGCACUUCUCAGGUUUUUGCUGUGCAGAAUUGAUAGAUUCAUAUGGAUAACAGUGCCUUCUGUUGUACAUGGAUUGCCUGAACAAAUGGAUUUUGGAGUGCAUUAUAAUUUUUUAAGUGUAAGGACAUUUCUUGAUACACUGUAAGCCUUGGUUCCAUGUUUUCCAGUCGCCUGCUUUUUACUACUCGGUUUAAUUGUUCGUUGGUUGCGUACACAUUGCUGGAUUCAGAAUAUUAUCUCAUCUUCCCUAUUUGGUGCAGACCAAAUGUGUAGAGGGAGGUGUCUGUUGGAGUUGUAAAGCAUACACUGGUUACGUCAAAGGGUCUUAACAAAAUUGCAGAUUUUCCCUUGAUGCAGUAGUCUUAAAUUAUUUCUCCUAGCCAUGAAAUCAACUCGCUUGAGUUAUGAUGGCACACAUGGCAGGUGGCUACCCUAAAUCCACAUUGAUAUUACCUCUUGCCUGGACAAGUGGUGUGGCCCUCGCAUGUAGAUGUUCUACAUGACAACUUUUUAUUUCCACUAUUUUUGAUGAAUAUUGGAUUUUACUUGGGAUUCUAUAAAUGUCUUUUCUGGUUUUAUUCAUUCAUUACCAUUCCAGUGGUAGUACUGAAUAAUGUGGUACAAAAUAUUUACAAUAUUUUAUUUAUCUUAAUAGAAAAAAACAGCUCCAAACUUAUUUCUUCUUACUCCUACACUUUUGUGAUUGAAUUUCUGGUCUGCAUUCCAUUUGGCUGUUCUUGUCCCAUGCUGAAAUUUCAUUAUCUGCCAGAUUUUUUCCUAAAUUUCAAAGACUGGUUUCUCAUAAACUGAAACACAUAUAACAAGGUGUCUGUAAAUAUGUUUAUUUAGUGAUAAACUGAUAGCAGUACUAAUUUGAAUAGGUGCCCCUCCUUUAGAUCUAUUUGGAUCGCAGUGGUGUGGCCAAAAUAAGUAGGGGUGCUUUACAAUGUGAGGUUUGGAUUGGAGAUAAAAUAUUUAGACCAGAUUUUGUCUCUAUGUGUUAAUUUCUUUAUGACUUAAAAAAUAUUUAUGAAGCAGUUUUAAGCACAUACUGAUAAUGUAUUUCUUUUAGAGCAGUGCCCCAACUGAAAAGUCGAAGUCUUUCCCAUCCCCCAUCAAAUUUUCAAUGACUGGAGCGAAUUAUGGAUUGCUGGCCCUACACUGUGCUGAAGCUUUCAUUUUUUGUAUGUCAGAGUAAUUAUAAUUCAGUCUGAUACAUCUGAAGUGCUCUGCGCCUUGGCUUCUGGAAAAGGCCAAAGUGUCUUUGCCUGUUCCUUGCCCCAUCCCCUGGAAUUUUCUCAGCCUGGCAGCUGUGGGGCAGAAGGUUCCCUGCUGCCUUCCUUUUUCCUGCACUCUUGUGUCAGACUCUCUCUGGUGCUGUUCU